AUGAAAGUGAAACUAAUCCGGCUUAUUGUAGGUGACCAUGCUGGGAUGUUCUUCUGGUCCUGCAUGCAACUUGGGCUAGCCAUUGUCUGUAGUUGCUUACCAUUACUCGGUGCGCUCUUGAAGCACAAGAAGAAGCUUAGCUCAUAUCCAAGAAGCAGCGAGUACAAUUCCUUUCGCAGUAGAACGGGCCACACAUCCGCGUUUAGGAUUACAGAAAACACUAGCCGAGCAGCCGAUGGCCCUUGGGUUGACUCGGCAGAAUUGCAGGGAAAGUAUGCGACACAAAUUUCAGCAGGAAGCGACGAAAUUCACACAGCAGAAUAUGGGCUGGAGCCAUUGCCACCAAACAACAUCAGGGUCAAGAAAGAGAUAUCAGUCGAUCAGUGUUGA